CCGGGUAAGCGCGCUGAUGCUGCGCAGAAACUCCCCUCUGUCUGUACAGUGUCCUUCCCUCUGCCUCCUGUUGCCUUCUUCACUUCUGUUUAUUUCUCAGCUUGGACAACAAAACCAGCAACAAAAAAAUGUCGACCAGGGUCGCCGUGGUGACGGGCAGCAACAAGGGCAUCGGGUUGGCCAUCGUCCGGGCGCUCUGCAGGCAGUUCAGGGGAGACGUCUACCUGACGGCCAGAGACCUCGGUCGAGGCGAGGAAGCCGUCAAGUCUUUGUCCUCAGAGGGACUGAAUCCGAAGUUCCACCAGCUGGACAUCAAUGACGUGAACAGCAUCAGAACCACGGCUGAUUAUUUCAAAGAGACGUACGGAGGAGUGGACGUCCUGGUCAACAACGCCGGGAUGGCGUUCAGAGAUUCAGAUCCGUCUCCGUUCGGCGUCCAGGCCGAGGUCACCCUGAAGACCAACUUCUUCGCCGCCAGAGACAUGCUGACUCACUUCCUGCCGCUCAUCAAACCCGGAGGUCGGGUGGUGAACAUGUCCAGCACCAUCGGCUCCAACGCCUUGAAGAAAUGCAGCUCCGACCUGCAGCAGCGCCUCCGUAGCGACGACAUCACCGAGGACGAGCUGGCGGCGCUGAUGCAGCGGUUCGUCGACGAGGCCAAGAAGGGCGAACACCGGCAGGGCGGCUGGCCGGACACGGCCUACGGGGUAUCCAAGAUGGGCCUGACGGUUCUGACAGUGAUUCAGGCUCGUCGUCUGUCCAAAGAGCGACCGACUGACGCGAUCCUGCUGAACGCCUGCUGUCCAGGGUGGGUUCGCACCGACAUGGCGGGCGAUAAAGCCCCGAAGUCACCAGACGAGGGCGCUGUCACGCCGGUCUAUCUGGCCCUGCUCCCGGCCGGAGCCACGGAGCCUCACGGGAAGUUUGUUUCUGACAAACAGGUUCAGCCGUGGUGAAGAUAAUGAAGAAAACUCAGUGAUGUCAGAGUUUCAUCUUAAGCAGCUAUUUGCCAGAAAACAUGUCAAAACUAACACAUAAAGCAGCUUUUAGCCCUAAAAAGUAACACAAAACCCACAAAAACACCUUUUUAAAGCAGGUUUUAGGACCAAGUUUAGCACUAAAUCCGAAAUAACUCAUUUAAUCCACUAAUCUGUGACCAAGUGUGAGUUUGUGCGUCUUAAAAAAAGGUCCAUUUUCACUGUUACAUGAAAAAAAACCAACUUUGCUGAACAGAAAUGCCUGUUUGCUUCAAUAGAUUUAUUUCAUGUCACAGCAAUAAAUUAACUUUAAAGUCAAAAGUACUUUGACUGGACUGCAGUGUGAAAUACUUUGGAUAAAACACUGAAUAAUGCAAAAUAGUGCAUGCAGAUGUUCUUUUCUGGCUCCAAUUUCUGUCGUUCUGGUGAGAAAAGUGAUUAAAUUAAACCAAAUUUGCACCAAAAAGUUAAAAAUAGACCAAAACCAAGUGUGUCCAUCGGUUCAGAAACCUGACAAAAGCUGCCUCGACUGGUCAUGAAAUAGUUUCUUAGAAUGACGCUGCUGUGUUUGUGUGCAACUAUAACGAUGCUUGAAGCUUUUUAAAUGCUGCCUGGUUGCUUCUGAUAAAACGAUUUUCUCUUCGUCUCACUUUGCCUUAAACAUUUUUUCUACUUUUUUAAAACAAAAUGCGUUUCUACAGCACACCUGUUCAAAAAAUGUCAAUAAGGGCGAAAUUAGUGCUAAAACGUGAACUGGGUCAAAAUUAAAUCCUAAAUCACACUAAAAAUAGAAUUUUUUAAUUAAGCUCAGCUGCCUAAAGUUACUAACAGUUUUAAUCUAAUUUAUUAUGAACUUUGAAUAAAUCUGACUCUGUGUUGCAGGUAUGUUUGUAAUAAAUGUGUUGAGUGUGAAAGUGUAAUUUAAAAAAACUUGCUGCUGGAGGCCAAAGAAAAUUAAAAACCUUCAACAACUCAGAUUAUUUUUGAAACAGUUGUAAAGUUUACAGGUCGACUCACCUGCCGUGGCUUCAAAUUGAUUAACAAAUUCAUAAAAUGCAACUUUUCUGCCAAGUUUAAGAAGUUAUUUAUGUUUUUGCAAGAUGGAAAAAAUGGGAAAUGUGCUUCUUUGCCUUCGUUUUUUAUUGUGUACUGUGUCAUAUAAAUAUAUAAACCUGCCCUCUGUGACCUACAUGCACCAGUAAAUAUGACGUUUGUGAUGGAUGUUGAUGCAUUUUGCUGUUUUGUUGUUCAUUUAUAUACAAAUGUGCUCAAUAAACUCUGCUUUAAUGUCUAAAUGAA